CUGAGGGGAGGAAGGGGAGGGGGCGCGAACCGUGUGCGUGACGGGGCCGGGACCCCGGUGGGACGGGCCAUGCCGCCCCUCCCUCGUCGCCUCAGGCCGCCUGGCCUGGCUGCGGCCGCUGUCCCCUCCCCGGGCCUGCCCCGCUACCGAGGGACGCCCGGGGCCGGGGGCCGCCUUGCCGAGGAGCCCCGGCGCCCUCCGCUGACUCAGCAGCCGGGCAGGGCCUGGUGGUGCCGCCGCCUGAGGCGAGCCCCCGCCCCCGUCUCCACACACCGCCUGCGGUCGAUCCGCGGUGGCUGCCGGGCUGCGCAGGGCUCCGGGCGAGAGGGAUCCGGGCUCGGGGCGGCGGGAGCUACUUCCAUGUGGGCUUCCUGCUGUGGGUUGCUGAAUGAAGUCAUGGGUACUGGAGCUGUCCGGGGCCAGCAGGCUGGCUUUGGGGGAAGUGCUGGCCCAUUCAGAUUUGCACCAAAUACAGACUUCUCGGCAUAUCCGUCUCCAGCUGCGGCGGGCGCCAACAUAGUUUGCAAAGCCUGCGGACUUUCCUUUUCAGUUUUUAGGAAAAAACACGUGUGUUGUGACUGCAAAAAGGAUUUUUGCUCAGUUUGUUCAGUCUUACAAGAGAAUCUCAGAAGAUGUUCCACUUGUCACUUGCUGCAAGAAACAGCCUUUCAGCGACCUCAGUUAAUGAGGUUGAAAGUAAAGGAUCUGCGGCAGUAUCUGAUUCUCAGAAACAUACCAACGGAUACUUGCCGAGAGAAAGAAGACUUGGUGGAUCUCGUGCUGUGCCAUCAUGGCUUGGGUUCGGAGGAGGAUAUGGACACUGGUAGCUUGCACUCAUCACGGUCACAGACUUCGGGAUUUUUUACUCAUCCAUUUUCUAUGUCUGUAUCAGUGUCAUCUCAAGGAGAACUUGCAAACAGAAGGGGGAGCACAGGAAAUGGAACACCUUUACAGGGACAAACAGAAAUAUCUUCUAUAAAUAAUGAAGAAGAAGAAAGUGCAGAAGAGCAGACCCCUGGGUUGUCCAGAAAGCGAGCGAGGGCAUCUCUGUCUGAUAUUUCAAGUCUGGAAGACAUUGAAGGGUUGAGUGUUCGGCAGCUGAAGGAAAUACUUGCAUGUAAUUUUGUCAACUACUCGGGAUGCUGUGAAAAAUGGGAACUUGUGGAAAAAGUCAGCAGACUAUACAGAGAGAGUGAGGAAAACCACAAGACACAGGGUGAGAAAAUGCAGCUGAACGACAACGAUGACAACCUGUGUCGGAUCUGCAUGGACGCCAUCAUCGACUGCGUCCUGCUGGAGUGCGGCCACAUGGUCACUUGCACCAAGUGCGGCAAGAGGAUGAGCGAGUGCCCCAUCUGCCGCCAGUACGUCGUUCGGGCCGUGCACGUCUUCAAGUCCUAAACUGAGCCCCAAAGCGGAGCUUGCAGCCGCCUUCCGGGAUGGCCGGGGGUGGGAGCGCCGACCCUCGGGGCGUACAUCAGCUUUUUAGUUCUUGAUAAACACAGCGGUUUUGAACAUCAGGAUCUAGAAGUUUGUGAAACAUUUUUCUACAGCAUACUGAAUCCCAGGGUUGGGUAGCACUGUGUGUACAGUCGCAGUGCUGCCUGACUUACCUUAUAAACCCACAAACUGUUUGAGUCAAACUGUUUACAGCAGUUCUUGCUCUCUUCUGAAGAAUAUCACCGCUAAUUACUGCAUUCAGUACUUGGCAAGUGGUCAGGAAACACCUCUGCUCGACCAUAUUAGCGUGUUGCAUCAUCUAGUGCAUUAGAAGCAACUAAUAUAUCAGUUGAAUAUUCAGCUUUUAUGUAAUUAUAGAAUGUAACUGUUCUGACACUGUCCCUGCAACGGUGUUGACAGUAUAAAAUGCGACUGUAGGAAGCACUGCCAUUACCUGUACGUGCACAGAAGCCCUUAAGCGAUCUCUUUUAUGCUGAUUGCUUCCUUCCCCAUGUCUGUCAUUACACACCUCCUGUCUUGGCCAUUUGUAAAUGUCCAGGAAGCUCCGUCCUUUUGCAGGGCUCUGCCAUGUCCUGUCCAAAUACCGAUUACUAAGUGUUUUUUAGUUUAGGAAUAAAAUAUUUUUUUAAAAAGGGGUAUAGUAAACCAGGUUACUGUGGUCCUUAAUCCACGCCUGCCUCUUGUAACUAUUAAUCCUAAGUGUGAUGAUUGUAGUCCCAGUGCUGACAACCUGAUGUUACUGUGAAUACUAAUCAGGGUCACAAAACUACUUGCUGCUAACCUGUGGAAUGUAUGGUGUUACUAACCUUAAAUGGGGAGGGGUUUAGUAAGGGAAGGGAAAUUGUUUGUGUAAAACCUCCUGUUCACAGACUUCACCGAGGCUGAGCAGCCAUUAACUGUGCUUCCCCUGGCCUGUUAACAGCCCUGGGAGGGUCGUGGUGAUGGACGACAGCAGCAAGAACAGCUCUUGCUCUGGGACCAGCUCCCUGGGGCCAAGCACAGCAGAGCAGUGGUUAAAGUCACUGUUAAUAAGAGAGGUGAGUCAGUUAUUCCUUUGCGCAGGGUCAAGCCAUGGAGUUACAGUUUCUCCUUUUAAUUUCCCACGUGCUAGCAACUUGACAGACAGGGACAUGUUCUGCUGAGGCUGUAGUACCUGUUAGUUCUUACCUCUGCUACCCUGGUAUGUCUGCACUUGUCUUUUAUGUGAAAAACUAAGCUGGCUUGUAAAAGAGAAAGGAGCUCCUCCUCAAACUAAAAUACACAGCUUAGAGACCCUGCUGGUUAUUUUUCAGAAGGGAGCAAACCUCUCAAUGGCUUUAUUUUUUAGAAGUAACUUUUUAAUGGUACUUAAUUCUUGGAGUCUCUGCUCAGUGGGUAAGCUAAUGAAGAAAAACAUACCUUAUAUGUUAUUUCCAUGCUGAUCAUUAGCCACACAAGCUUAAUAAAGAUUUGUGAUGGGCUGCCUCA